GCUACGCAAGGACGAGGAGCAAAAGACAGAAGGAGCGUACUUUGUCUCACAAACCUCAAAGACAUCGCACCUGGAUUAUAUAAAGCCUUUAGCGACAUCGGAUUCAGCUGUACACUGGGCCCGUUGGAGUUUAUCCUUACAUUUGUGGAUUAUAUGUCGUAAUUUCAACAUGACUCUGGAAGAACUCGUUGGAUGCAACAUUACUGACAAAAAGAUGGAGAACGUAAGCCAGGCUUUGGAAGAACUUCUGGUGGCUGCACAGCGGCAAGACUGUCUCACCGUGGGAGUGUAUGAGUCUGCAAAGCUGAUGAAUGUCGACCCGGACAGUGUGGUGCUUUGCGUGCUGGCAGCAGACGAGGAGGACGAGGAUGACAUAGCCCUGCAGAUCCACUUCACUCUCAUUCAAGCUUUCUGCUGCGACAUCGACAUUAACAUACUGCGCGUGUCCGGCAUGAGGCGGCUAGCGCAAGUCCUGGGAGAACCUGUCAAUGCGGACAGCAACGGCAACGAGCCGAGGGAUCUGCAUUGCAUUCUCGUUACGAAUCCACAUGUUGACGAUCUGAAAUGCCAGGCUCUGAAGGAGGUGGGCAGUUACUGCGAAGAGAGUCGCUGCAAGAAUCAGUGGAUACCCUCACUUGCUCUGCAGGAGCGCUGAACAGACUUGUCGGUGUUUAAUGCGAAAAAAAACGUCGGAAUUGAAAUCGUCAUUCUUAUAGUAAUAAGGAGGGCGUUCAGGAGGGCAUCACACAGGGACUGAGUCCUGUCGGAUAUCUCAAGCAACAUAGCUGGGGUGAGGGGACUGUGCGUCUGUCCUGCUCUUCCGUGAAAUGGAACAGCGCCGUGGUGGCGAGUGACAGUUUGCUGGAACACGAGCCGGCUCGGCCUCGCAGCAGCGUGUCGGGCGCGAGGGCGGCUGGAGCAACAGUGGGAGUACAGUGGGUGACGAAUGACGGUUUCACUGUCACGGAGCGGAGGGAGGGGGACUUUCAUUACAGAUAUCACCGUGUCAAAGGCCAGAUAUGGAACCAAUGCAAAGACUAACCUGCAGUGACGCUUUUUUUGUACUUGCAAUGCGGUGUGGGAUGAACUGAACCACACGCAUUGCCAGCUACAGUAAUGUGUGCAGCGGUGUUUUUUUUAUGAAUUUGAUUUGAUAGUGGAUGCAUUGCAUUAGAUAUUUUUUAUUGAUAAGUCAUGAUAUGUCAUGAGGAGAGUAAUAUAUUGUCUAUUUAUGAACUCUCAGCCAUGUACUGUAAAGCAUCAGUAUGUUCAGAUU